AGAAAAUAUUGUUCAAUUUGGUUUUAAGUUUGGAGAACCAAUAUGUCUUCGAUUUUUCCGGUUUUCUCAUCAGAACCAGGUUCUUGCUCGGUUCUGGAAACUGGAUUCACUCCAUGGGACGAUGCCUCAGAUCUAUUCUCAAUGUUUGAUUCACCGGUUUGUCCCGUGGAAGUAAAUCCCGGUUUAGAGAAAACAAAUUCAUUUCCUAUUCAAACCAAAAAUAAUUCCAAUCCCGGUUUGGAAGAUAAACCUUUUAACCAAACUGGUUUGAACGUUUUUCUUCCGGAUAAAGAUGAGCGGCGAAAGAAACGAAAAAGAUCAAACCGAGAAUCUGCUCGACGGUCGAGGAUCAAGAAACAAAAACACAUAGAAGAGGUGAAAAGCCAUCUUAACCAGCUCACUACCAAGAACCGGGAACUAGUGAAUCGGCUUCGGUACGUUAUGCACUAUUGUCAACGUGCAAAGAUGGAAAAUGAUCGUCUAAGAUUGGAACAACAAAUUCUCCAUGAUAAGCUGUUGAACUUUCGACAAGCUUUGGUGCUAAGACAAGUCCAACAGAGCUCAACAUGUGCCACGUGUUCAUGCGUUGAUAGUACCGUUGUAACGGUACAUCAGAAUCCGUCAAUGAUAAGAGAUCACCUCAUUUGAGAUUUACGUAGAAAACCAUAUUGCGACGUCGUCGACAAAACGGGAGUAUUACUGUUAGUCUUUUGUAUUUUUUUUUUGUAAAUAAGUGUCGAGAAAUAAUUCAAGAGGUAAGGCAUGCUAUUUAGUUAUUUAAUGUGGG